AUGGCUUUCGUACGGGCCCUGCUUUUCCAGCUGGCGGCUGUUCACGCCGUUGCCAGCUCAAAUCCUCUCGUUGACUUGGGAUAUUCUCAAUACCAAGGACGGAGGCUCCAUACGGGUGUCGAUGAAUAUCUGGGCAUGCGAUAUGCUGCUCCUCCCGUGGCCAAUCGACGAUUCCGGGCACCUCAAGACCUGACCACCACGCAGUCUAUACAAGCCGCAUCAGAGUUUGGGCCGAUUUGCAUUGGAGCCAGUCAAUCGCCCAGCCUCGCCGUGUCCGAGGAUUGUCUGUUCAUCAACGUCUUCACCCCGUCCAACGCCACGAGACACUCGAAACUCCCCGUCUGGGUCUACAUCCAGGGUGGUGGCUACGCAGCCAAUUCCAACGCCAACUACAAUGGAACCGAGGUCAUUCAGCAUUCGAGUUACGGUCUUGUCUUUGUCAAUUUCAACUACCGUGUGGGUGCACUCGGGUUCCUGGCCAGCGAGCACGUCAGACAGAACGGCCAUCUCAACGUGGGUUUACGGGACCAGCGAAAAGCCCUCGAAUGGGUGCAGAAAUACAUCCAUCGAUUUGGCGGCAAUCCAGCCCAGGUCGUCAUCCACGGCGCUUCUGCCGGGGCUGGCUCUGUGGCCAUCCAUCUGGCUGCACACCGAGGACGCAACGACGGCCUCUUUGCCGGGGCGAUCUCCGAAUCACCGUUCUGGCCCACGCAGCGGCGCGUGGCCGAGAUGGAAUUCCAGUUUGAUCGCUUUGUGAACGAUACCGGUUGCGCUGGAUCCGAAGAUGCGCUCGUGUGUCUACGUUCUGUCGAUCUCCCGACAAUCCAGGCAGCCAAUACACCCUCGCCAUUUCCCGACGCCAGUUCCAGCCCGUUGUGGUAUUUCCUUCCCGUUGUCGAUGGAGACCUGAUCCAGCAACCGCUGUAUGAGCUCUUUGAGCAAGGAAGCAUCAUCGCAGUCCCGUUGCUGGUCGGUGACUCCACAAACGAGGGAUCUCUGUUUGCGUGCAAUGCCACCAACCGCAGCGAGAUGGCUCAGUUCCUGCAGAACAACUUUCCCGAUCUUGUCCCCAGACAGAUGCGAGAAAUCUUCAAUGCCUAUCCCCCAAUGCCACCCCUACCGUUCCAUGCCCCGUAUUUUCCUUCUACGUCUGCAGCGUAUGGCGAUUCCACCUUCACCUGCCCCGGGAAUCACAUUGCGGGGACAAUGGCAAGGUACUUCGCUCCCAACCAAGUCUGGAAUUAUCGAUACAAUGUGCAAGAUCCAUCGAUGAUGGCUGCCGGUCUCGGGGUUUCGCAUACGCUCGAAACGACUGCGAUAUUCGGAGUUGGCUCUGCACCGGGCUCGGAGGAAACGACGUACGCCGGUGUCAACGCGGGGAUUGUACCUAUCGUAAUGGAUUACUGGAUUAGCUUCGUCAUGAAUUUGGAUCCAAACACACUGAGAAAUACUCGAGCGCCGUAUUGGGCUUCGUGGGGAGAGGGGCAACGGUUGAGGCUGCAAACCAAUUCGACGGCGAUGGAGGAAGUGCCGCCAUUACUCCAGCACCGUUGCAAUCUGUGGAAGACAAUUGCCUUGUCGCGAGGUAGUCAAUAA